UGUUUUUCAUUGAAAAUUCAGGUUCAUAUUCUUUGCAAAGAGCGAACGACGACGUCUGUAAUAUUUAAAAAAGAACGUGAAAAGUAGAAAAAUCGGGCAACUAAUUCCGCCCAACAUUGGGAGGAAGGAGGAAAAUUCAUAGUGACCUUAUUUGUGUAAUAGUUAAAUAAACGUGAAGUGAAUUUUUUGAGAUUAAUUAUAUAGAAGGAAGCAGAAUCGUAGUGGCAGAGGCAGCGGAAGAAGAAGAAACACCCGUCUGCAGUUAUUGCAAGCAGCGUCAGCGUCGCUGCUGAGGCAGUUCAACAUCCUAUCCCCGACCCCGAAAAAUUAGAUCUGAAAAGAUGGCGACCAGUCGCACCAGUCGCAUACAACAAAAUAAGAAUAUUAAUUCUUUCUUUUCCAAGAUUCAAGGGGCCUUUUCUGAGGCAUGUACACAACAGCGUCUAUCGACUGAUAAGAAAACGUUGGAGAAAACUUGGAAGUUAAUGGAUAAAGUUGUGAAGUUGUGUCAGCAACCGAAAAUGAAUUUAAAAAAUAGUCCACCUUUUAUAUUGGACAUAUUGCCAGACACGUAUCAGCGAUUGCGUCUUAUAUACUCUAAGAAUGAAGAUCAAAUGCAUGUUUUACAUGCCAAUGAACACUUCAAUGUGUUCAUUAAUAAUUUGAUGCGCAAAUGCAAACAAGCCAUUAAAUUGUUCAAAGAAGGAAAGGAGAAAAUGUUUGACGAAAAUUCACACUAUAGGAGAAAUUUAACCAAACUUAGUUUAGUAUUCUCUCAUAUGUUAAGCGAAUUAAAGGCCAUUUUUCCUAAUGGAGUGUUUGCCGGCGAUCAAUUUAGAAUUACGAAAGCAGACGCUGCGGAGUUUUGGAAACUUAAUUUUGGCAAUAGUACGCUGGUUCCUUGGAAAAUAUUUCGUAUGGAAUUAAAUAAAGUGCAUCCAAUUUCAUCUGGUCUACAGGCAAUGGUGUUAAAAACAACCAUAGACUUAACAUGUAACGAUUACAUUUCAAAUUUUGAAUUCGAUGUUUUUACACGUCUGUUUCAACCGUGGGUGACACUGUUACGUAACUGGCAAAUACUAGCAGUCACACAUCCCGGAUAUGUAGCCUUUUUAACAUAUGAUGAAGUUAAAGCUCGCUUGCAGCGUUACAUCCAUAAAGCAGGAAGCUAUGUUUUCAGAUUAUCAUGUACGAGGCUUGGGCAAUGGGCGAUCGGUUAUGUGACCGCUGAUGGCGAAAUUUUGCAAACUAUACCGCAAAACAAAUCUCUCUGCCAAGCGCUAUUGGACGGGCACAGGGAGGGCUUUUACUUGUAUCCUGAUGGUCAAGCCUGCAAUCCUGACUUAUCCUCAGCUGUGCAGAGUCCCACGGAGGAUCACAUUACAGUUACCCAAGAACAAUAUGAACUAUACUGUGAAAUGGGUAGCACAUUUCAACUGUGUAAAAUUUGCGCAGAAAAUGAUAAAGAUAUACGCAUUGAGCCAUGCGGACAUCUUUUGUGCACACCCUGCCUCACAUCUUGGCAAGUCGAUUCAGAAGGACAGACAAAUUGUGGUUGACGCUUUUGAUCCGCGAAAGCAGCAUAAUCGGAACUCGACAAAUGGCCGCCAUCAGAACACCGACGACGACGAUACAGAGGAUGGCGCUGAUUUCAACAUUGCUACUUCAUCGCUUCAUGCAUUAAGCAACAGUAUGACCACAACCACACCUGCCACGGACAAGCAGAGCCCGCAUACGUCUCCACGUUUCACUCGCCGAAGCACUACUCCCAGCUUACUUGCAGUACAGAACGACUUAUAUGCAGGCCACAUACCGAAUCUUACAUUGGUGAAUUCUGGCGGCAGCAACUAUAUCGUGGCUGCUAACGCAUCGGCUAUAGCUAACGCAGUACUUUCGCCACAGCCCACGCCCACUGCACAGCSUAUACAUGCCCCUAAUGGCGGAAGUAGUAGUACAAAUGUCGCGACUGCUGCGCAAAAAUCGACACAUCGGAUGAGCGCGCCUCUAAUGGGAGCUACCUCAGCCUCAAACGGCAGUAAUCCCAACAGUAAUUAUGUAACGAGAAUGGCGACAAGCAAAUCCGAACAUAACGACAAUUCCUCGUAUGCCAUACUACAAGGCCUACAAGAUCCUUUGCAAGCAAAUACACAACAGCAGCACACAACUACACAACGUCAUGUUGCUCCUCCGUUGCCGCCGCGAAAGGCAUCGCCUGGUGUUGAGAAUAGUGUCACAACAAUUAUAGGUGCAAGUUGUACUGUAACUCCAGUUAUAGCUAAAUCGUGUGAGACAGCAACAGUCAAACAUAAAGGGCAAACUCCAGUUUGUGGAGGAACUCCUUCAGAUAGUUUAGCGACGAAUACAGAAGGAGCUGCUGCGCCACCGCAAACAACAGCUCCACCGAUACCUCCACAUGGCAACUUGAUGUUGGUGGACAGUAUUGUUGAAGAUUUGCGAGCACAACAGAUCAGCGUGACCACAUCGACGACUUCCACUCCUCAUUCACUGACAACACAGUCAACAGCGGGUUCUGGACCUGCUUCUACGCCUACACGCUCAAUACUCGACGAUGACAUAGUCGGACCGGCCGAAACUAUUAUGGGUGUAAUUGACACUCGGCCCUUGGAAGCACGAUUGGCAGUAUCCGCUCGCAUUUUGGAACCAACAACCGUAAAGCUGCCACCAGUAACUGCUAUUAACCCCAUGGCAUGCACUCCGCAUUACACACAAAUAUGCAAUGCGACAUCAUCAACACAACCAUUAGCAAUGGCACCUGCCGCAACCACGGGAGGCUCGGUAGUAACUGCGACAACGGUGGCAUCGCAGCGAAGUCAACAACAAGCCACACAAUCACUACAGCAACUACAACAACAGCCGCUUCUAUACGAAAAUGUGGCGAUCAAUCAAAAAGACUGCAAUGUACCAUAUGAAAAUAUCAAUCUUGAAUACAUUGCACGGCUUGUGAAAGAGGGCUAUACCAAAGAAAACGCUAUUACAGCGCUGGGCAUUUCUCGCAACAAUAUUGAGAUGGCAUGCGACAUUUUGCGUGAGUUCGUGUCGAAGAGUACUGUUUGAGAUGAGCGGUCGACAAGUAUGAUACCUGAGAUAUUAUCAAAUCUAGUAAGCAUUGAAUGCAAUAUUACAUACAUAGUAACUUAUAUAUCAGGUUAGUAUAAAGAAAACUUUCAUGUUUG